AUGGCGGGGAACCGUCCAUCCCGUUGCUCCACCAGCCUGGAGUGUGCCAGGAGACCGGGGGAUGGCGAAGCCGGUGUUGGCCUUGGCUGGCCAAAGCCCUCCCCGCCACCAUCCCCGCUUGCUGCCGGCGGCGUCUCCGGCUCCGGGAGGCAUUUCCCGGCCCAUCUGUGGGGCGAGGGCGCGGGGGGCGAGGAGGCGGCGGCAGGAAACAGGCGGGAGCUGCGGCUUGGGCAAUGGGGGGGCAGGGUGGGGGGCAGCAGGGGUGCAGUCCCCUCCUCCCUAACCCCGUGCCUCUCUCGCAGCUUGGCCAACAUCCCCUUGACUCCGGAGACCCAGCGGGACCAGGAGCGUCGGAUACGCAGGGAAAUCGCCAACAGCAACGAGAGGCGGCGGAUGCAGAGCAUCAAUGCUGGCUUCCAGUCUCUGAAAACCCUCAUCCCACACACGGACGGGGAGAAGCUCAGCAAGGCGGCCAUCCUCCAGCAGACAGCCGAGUACAUCUUCUCCCUGGAGCAGGAGAAGACUCGGCUACUGCAGCAGAACACCCAGCUCAAGCGGUUCAUCCAGGAGUUCAGCGGCUCCUCCCCGAAGCGGCGACGGGCGGAGGACAAAGACGAAGGGAUCGGUUCGCCGGACAUCUGGGAGGACGAGAAAGCUGAGGACCUGCGGCGGGAGAUGAUCGAGCUCCGGCAGCAGCUGGACAAGGAGCGCUCGGUCCGCAUGAUGCUGGAGGAGCAGGUUCGCUCCCUGGAGGCCCACAUGUACCCCGAGAAGCUGAAGGUGAUCGCUCAGCAAGUGCAGCUCCAGCAGCAGCAGGAGCAGGUGAGGUUGCUGCACCAGGAGAAGCUAGAGCGUGAGCAGCAGAUCCGAACACAGCUCCUGCCAUCACACGCUCCCCCAGCGCCCACCCACCACCCCACCGUGAUCGUUCCAGCGCCGCCUCCCUCCCAUCACGUCACCGUGGUCACCAUGGGCCCGUCCUCGGUCAUCAACACAGUCUCCACGUCCCGGCAAAACCUUGACACCAUCGUUCAGGCGAUCCAGCACAUCGAGGGGACGCAGGAGAAGCAGCUGCAGGAAGAGGAGCAGAGACGUGCCGUCAUCGUGACGCCGGCCCGCGCCUGCCCCGAGCCCUCCGCCUCCGACACCGCCUCCGACACCGAGGGCAACGACAGUGACUCCAUGGACCAGAGCAAAGAAGAGCCCUCGGGGGAUGGGGAACUGCCCUGACACCCCCCGGCCGGCAGCUGGGGAGGGGAGCCGGGGCGGGGCGGGGGGGAAACGUCAGAGAAUAUGCUGAAAUUUUUAAAAAAUACAACGCGAUUUGGGUCUCUUUUAUGACCUUUUUCCAAUACUGUAAAGCAGAGCG